AUGCAGUUUGAGAAAAUCGAUCUGCGAGGUUCCGGCAAGCGGCAAAAGUCAUUGAAAGAAGCUUGGCACGGCUCUGUUUGGAACGUGACAGGCAAUCACAAGCCGGGACCAGGACGGGAAGGAGCGGAGCUGGGCGAGCAUGCCAUUGAAUCCCUCGUUUUGUCGGUUGAGAACAUCACCCACCUUGACCUACGGGGCAACCGGCUUAACGCCGCAUUUGGCUGGAAGCUGAUCAAGGCAAUGAAGAAAAAGUAUUUAAACCUGGAGUUCUGCAAUGGAAUUCCAUUGAGGGCACUGCGUAUGAAUUCUAUACAGGUCCUGGAUUUGUCACCUUGUGCAAGCCAUGUUGGAAUGCCAUGGGCAGAAGACUCCAAAGAGGCUGCCGUAGAGUUUGCCAACAGGGGAAUGUAUGGCAUCGAAGUUGUCGGUGCGAUUUUUUUGGCGCACUUCCUGCGUCUCAACACUUCUCUGAUCAGCUUCAACUUCAGGUUGAAUCAUGUGGAGAAGGACGGUGCCAAGGCGCUUGCCCAGAGCUUGCUUGGCAAUGCACAGACUCUUCUGCAGACUGUCAAUACCAUGGGUCCGACCAAGAUGAAGCCCGGAAUCAACUUCUCCCACUUCAAGACCAGCCAACUGACCACGGUGGAUCUCUCCAAGCGAGGCAUGGACGACGAUGACUUUGUUUUUUUGGAGGAGUGGCUCCGGCGAUAUGAUUGCGUCACUGAGCUGAACAUCUCAUGGAAUUUCAUGUCCCGAGAUGGCAUCCGCAAGCUGACGCGACACAUCAAGGAGACAAAGGUCUUGACCAAGCUGAACUGUGUUGGCUUGCCUGUCACUUUGGAGGGAUCUGCGCUUCUUGCCCGCGCCGUGAUCGAAAAUCAUACGCUGGUCCAAGUCGCGUUGCCCCUCGGACACUGCCAUGACACUCCGGAGCGUCAGCAGAUGCUUCAACAGCUUGGAAUUGGAUUGGCGAGCCACCCGUCUUUGCAGAGCUUUGCUUGCACCCGCACUCCAAAUUUGGAGUAUGCUUCCCUGCAAGAUGCCAAAGAGAACAAGGUGCGAGCAUUCCCUCCGGAACGGAGCAGUGGAUGGCCUCGUACGCAGAUGGCGGUCUACAUGUGGCUUCUAUCCGCCAGCAAAGCAGAGUUGGAGAGGUUUGCGUUGGGACCAGGUGCGAAGCCCAAGGUGGAGUAUCCGAAGGUGCAAACCCAGACUUACUACCUGCAAGCCUUGGUGUCCUACACAGUGCUGGGCACAUGCUUCGUCAGGUAUCGAUUGCUUUACCUUUGGGCUACGGCCUUCGGACCCAUUGGCAAGCUCUUCACGGCUCUGCCUCACCUGGAGCAGUUCAACGAUCUUGCACUGGGCUUUGUGAUGCUCCCAGCAGCGGACUGGCAUUCCAGUGACAUUGUGACGUCCAGUUUCGGAAGAGUUGGCGGUCGAACUCCACUGCUUAUCGAUCUGAACUUCUCGGACAGACGUACAGAGACGGUCAAAGCUCAGCAAGCUCGUUUGGGGCCACAUCUUUCUGGACAUGGUGAAGGAGUGCCGCGUUUUACGCACUCAAUCUCCCUGAGGAACAAUGUCAUCAGUGAAACCUUUCUGCAGGGCUUAGACUGCAAUGCACCGCUGCGCGAGUUUGGCUUCGAGAACAUUUCAACUGUCCUCCCCUCCCUUUUUGCAGCAAUGUGCGGCCGUGAGAAGCCUUUGCCAGUGGAGCGCAUUCGAGUGGAACCCAAGUGGGUGACGUCCAGGUUUGCGCGGAAGCGAUUCAAAAAGCGCCAGCACAGUUGGCUGGAUGGCAUACAGGCGGCAAUGAUCCGAAGCGACAGGUUCGUUGAGCUCAUAAGUGCUGGAACAGCCGUUUCGCGCGCCGAGAUCGAAAGCAUGUCGCCAAAGGACUUCGUUGAUGCUCUGACAGGUGUGGCAUUGGAAGAGCCGUUCCCCGUUGAGGUUGAGAGAUUCCACCCACCGCAAGUACAAGUUCUUUGCUUUCCGAGCAGAAGAGCUUACAAAGAUCCACCGGAAGAUCCCAGCCAGAACUUGUACGUGCCCCUGCCAAUGGAUGAUGAGGCUCGUAACGAGUUUCAACUUCAGAAGGUGUCGUUGUUGAUGUGUGGCUUGCGGAACAAGAUGCUGCAGGCCAGACCAGAUGAGUGGCCGGAGAGCUCUAAGCCGCUUUGGCUGGGCCAGGGCAGCCAUCUGCGAUUCGCCCGGCCAGGUGACGAACUUGACGCCGUCGCAAAUGGCGCAGAAGAGGAGGACGACGAGAUGUCUGCACCAACGCGCUUCCAUUGGCGUCCAGACUUGCGGCUGGGCAACGGCGCGGCUUGCGCAAGAAUCGCUGAGGAGCUGGAUCCGAGGGAGCCUACCUUUGCAGACAACUUGCUCCAUGAGUCGCUCCGCAGUCUCCUGCAUGAGGAUAGCCCGGUACAGGACCUAGACGUUCGCGGCAAUGGUUUGACACGAGAAGAUGCGAACCUGCUGCUUGACCUCGUUUGCAACCACAAGAGCCUUGUUCGUCUCAAUCAACUGCCGGUCAUGGAGGAUGAAGCAGCAACAUGCAGGGUGUUGCAUAUUGAUGGCGUGGGCAUCGGAGAGCCUGGAAAGCAGGCGGGAGACGACGAUCCGUAUGGCGAUGAGGAUGAAGAGGAUCCAACUGAUGAAGCCUACGCAAGGGAGGUGUUCGAAACAAAUUUUGCUCGAAUGGAUGACGGCCUUCGCCUUGGCAUGCAGGACUUCGGGGCUGGUCGCUCAGCAGAAGCAGAGCCGUCCCUGGCUUGGGAUGCCCUGCGAGAUGGGCUGACGGCCUGGGAGUCGCUGGAGUUUGACGUGGGCUUUACUUUUGAGGUUGCAAAUGGCAGCCACAUCCUCUUCGCUUAUUCUCCUGGCUUGCGAAGCAAGGUACCGCAGAAAUUGAGACCGCUGGCGGAACAUGGCGUCGAUAUUCGUAUCAGCGGUGUGCAGAGUGACCUGCUACGCCAAGUCUCAGUCCCAGUGGUUAUGGCAAUCCUUGAUGGGAAGGACCCAUCGAAAACAGCUGGACCCGGGAGUGUGAGCAGGACUCAACUACUCUCACAACGAGGUGGCGUGACGCUACCGGCCCUGGUGUCCAUCGUCAAACAUCAGCCCUCCGUUGCAGAAGGAUGGCAGCUUCUCAAGGAUGGCCUCGAUGCAUGGGCUUCACUGGGCUGGGAUAAGGACUUCUCAUUCAAUGUUGGCGAUGCUCGAGGAUCACUUUUCACGUACACCAAAGGUAAGACGCACAUGCACAAACGAUUGCGGGGAGCCAGCCUGUCCAAAUGGCCAGCAUCGCUGGCCAUUGCUGGGCUGGUGGCUGAUGGCACUCUUUCGUUCAAUGACAAGGCCAACAAGUACCUGGAGUGGUGGUCGCAGGACCCAGAGGAUCCAAGAAGCAACAUCACCUUGAGACAUCUCAUGACCUUCCAAUCUGGCUAUACCAAAGAUCCGAUGCUCCUGUGCAGCUACAAUCCAUGGGCCGAUUUUCUUUCAUGUGCAAAGCAGCUGUACGAGACUGCUGGUCUGACAAGCCCGCCAGGAACAACGUGGGCAUACAUAUCGAUUCACCUACAGUUUGCCGCGGCAAUGGCAGUUGCAGCGUCUGGUCUGCGACCUGACAAGCUGUUCGAGAAGUACCUCUACAAACCGCUAGGCAUGAAUGAGACCACCUGGACGCCUUUGAGGAAUCCUCAGUUCGCAGCUGGCAUCACAACCACAGGUGCAGAUUUCGAGAAGAUGCUGCAGAAGCUUCUUACCUACGAAUUCCUUGGGAGAGAGGUUCUGUCAGACAUGGACAGAGACUGGUCGGCUCCGCCUGUGUCUCCAUGUGGUGACGGAUGGUUUGGGCACUAUGGAAUGGGCCAUUGGUUUGACUGCAUGGGCUAUGGAUCUGGCCAGGAUGCAGGAUCAUCAGCACCGCUCUCGGGGCAGUGCAUGCAGGAAGAAAUUCAAGCCGGCCCGGGGGCCUUUGGCUAUUUUCCGCUGCUGGAUCGACGACGGGGCUUCUACAUGCAAAUUGUUUUGGCCGAGGACUCCAAGUGCCGCAGUGAGAUACCAGAGUACCUCCGCAUCAUCGCAAAGCCCGUGGUGGAUGCGCUUGCACUUGGCGAUCCUAUCUCAAGCGAACGCCUACUUCAGAGUAAUGGUGGGUUGCUAUUGCGCGAACUCGUUGACAUUCGGAAGUCAUUGCCGCCGCGCUGCUGGCCGCUUCCUGUCCGCGAGACGACCUGGGUCAUUUGCGUUUGCAUCUUCUGUGACAGAAGCUAUGCCAUUGCAUGUGCCAGAGAAAUGCAGAUGCCUCGCGUCGGUCCCAACUCCUUCCCAGAGCUGCGCGAGGCAGGAGCAAAAUCAACCUGCAUGGGCACUGCCAUGAGCCCUCCGUUCUGGAAGGUCACGCUGCGCAAGUUGGAAAUACCGCAGGACUCCACGCUUGCCGCACGCCUGGGCCUGUGGUCCGUUGUUGCCUUCAGUGCAGGUGGAUCAGGUGUGGGGGUCUCCGAGCUGAAGCUGGAAGGUCACAGUCUCACUGAUGUAGGGCUUCGGGGUUUGUGCGCCAUGCUGCGACACUUCGCUUCGCAGGGUGCCGCGCGGAGCAGUGGGCUGGUCAACUUGUCAAAGAUUGACCUGUCUGGAAACUUGCAAAUCACAGAUGCGACUGUGGCGGACUUGUGCCACACGCUGAAGACCCCGUACCUGGCCAGCGCUCUGCGUGGUGGUCUCUGUGAGUUAAAUCUUCGUGGCUGCUUGCGUCUGAAGACUCGUUCGGCGUACGAACUUCUGAACUUCAUGCAGCAUAGCCGGGAGGGGGGUGCAGCUGGAAGCAGCCUGCGCAUGGUCAACGGCGUUGACAUGGAUGCUCUGCAAGCAGCGACUCGCAGCACAGCUGGAGCCAACAGUCGGCCAACAGCCCCACCAAUGUUGCUUCGCAACUUCCUCGACCCCAGCGUGCCAGCAGUGGGUGGCAAGGUCACCUCCCUGGCUUCCAUGUCAGAGUGUGACGUGCACUUCUUUGCAGGAGUGAUGCACCACUUCCAGAACAUUCCUUAUUGUCACGUGCACAUUGUUGUGUCGCCUCGUCUCCUCAGUGCUGCAUCUGGUUCAUCGCCCGAGUUUUGGGGAAGGCCACCCCACCAAGCCGGUGCUCCCUGCAGCAAUGACAGUCCUUUUCCACCACCGGUGGAAGGUGGUCGAGUCGCCGCUGUAGCUGCGCGCCUGCAGGCGCACAUUGACUCGACUUGCAGGCUUUUUGAAGCGUGUCCAAUACUGGCAGAGCUCCGUGUUUCUAUGAUACCGUCAGUUCCUGGUUGCGAGGACUUGCUUACUGCAGCUGGCCAUGAUGUGCUCAUAAUGCCUGCAAGCAAUCCAGGCGGUGGGCAAUCAGCGAUGGACAGCUUCAGCCACAUCAAGCAGCGACUGCAGGAUAGAGAGCUCGCUUAUGAAAUGAUCGCAUCUUCGCUUGGAAGCGCCUCCUCUGCUGAGCUUGGGGUAAACAACAUCAACCGGCAGCGCUUGCACUGUUGCUACCGGACGCUUUACGGCAAAGACGAUGCUGAGCUGGCACAUGCGGAUGUCAUGCCACCGGACCAACUUGCUGCCAUCAGUCUUCCGAGUGAGGUGGACGUGUCAGGCUUCUUUGCAGUCGCAACGUCUGUGGACCUUCAGCAUCUGGAUCUUGGACCCAGUCACAUAGCAAGACUUCCGGAACUCUCGGAACUACCUGCAUUGACGCAUGUGAAUCUGAACCACAACCACCUGGGUGAUGCGGGAGUGGAGAUUCUGUUCCGAUCGCUCGUCGACACGGGAAGUAGCGUGGAACACGUUGCCUUGGUUUCAAACGACAUCGGUGAUGAAGGCGCCUCCAUCAUCGCUGCAAGCCUUGGCAACCUGCCGCGUCUCACGAGCCUCGAGUUGUGUGACAACUUCAUUCAGGAGAGAGGCAGCAUCGCCAUAGCUGAGUCCAUUGGUGGUGUCGCUCCUCCAGACGAGGGCGAUGACAUUGAGGCAGUGUCCAACGUGCCACUUCCAGUGCUUUCAGUUGACUUGCGCGGAAACAGAAGCCGUGAGCUUGGAGCCCGCCGCUGGGCAGAGGUGGUUUGCAAUCAUCCUGACCUCAAGUUCCUCAACUUGGCGCAGAAUGAGCUUGGGCUCUUGACCAAAGAGAUCUUUCUAGACCUAGUCUGUGCUGCUGUUACAUCUGCCUCAUUGAGUGUGCUGGACUUGCAAGACAACUUUCCCGUCGCCGGCCUUGGAAGUUCAGAAAUGGGACCACCACCGCCUGAGGUGAGCGAGGACGCUUGUGCCCUUCAUGCUUCCAGCACACUCUAA